AUGGGAUCUCAUUAUACUUGGACUAACAAUCAAUCUGAAGGGGCUCGAAUUUAUUCCAAGUUUGAUCGCAUCUUUAAGAAUGAAGAUUGGGUGGAUUUGUUUCCUGACUCGGUAGCUGUUGUUAAUUGGGAUAUUUGUUCUGAUCAUUGUUUCUGUAUUGUUAAGACUAUGACUGAGAUGAAUUCUGGUACUAAGCCGUUUCGAUAUUUUAACAUGUGGGCUGAUCAUGAUGAAUUUAAAGCUACUGUUUUGCAGAGUUGGACCAAACCAGUAACAGCUCAAGGGCUUGACAGAAUCAUGGUUAAACUGAGGAGAUUAAGGCCUAUUCUGCGACAUUUUAAUAAGUUUGUGAUUGGUGAUAUUGACCAUAAGUUUCAGGUUGCUAAAGACACUUAUAAUAUGGCUCAGAUUCAGCUUCAGCAGGAUAUUCAUUCGGCUAUGUUCCAAGUUGAGGAACAACAGGCCUUGAGUAACCUGGUUCAGACUUCUAGGCUCUAUGACAGCUAUCUUAGACAGAGGAGUAAAGUUAAUUGGCUUAGGUUGGGGGAUGAUAAUACAACUUUUUUUCAUGCUUAUUUGAAAAAGCGGAAGGAGGUAAAUCGUAUCACUUCUUUUCUUACUGAAACCGGUCAGAUUAUUGAUAAUUAUGAGGAAGUUGUGGAUCAUUUCUUAAGUCAUUUUAGAAGUUUGUUGGGCAGUCGGAGUAAGGCUUCGGGGACCAUUCACAGGGAGUGCUUCAGGCAUGGUAAUAUUCUUUCUUUAGAGCAACAGCUGGAUUUAAUAAGACCAUUUACUAAGAAGGAUGUUAAGAGUGCUAUGUUUAGUAUUGGUUCAAUUAAGAGUCCGGGUCCGGAUGGUUAUGGUGCGGGUUUUUUUAAAGCUUUGUGGAAUGAGAUUGGUGAUGAAAUUUCAUAUGCUAUUUUGAGUUUUUUUCAGUUGGGUAAACUUCCUCAAGGUUUUAACGAUGCUAUGUUGUCAUUGAUUCCUAAAGUUGAGCACCCGACUAAGGCGGUGGAGUACGGGCCUAUUGCUUGUUGUAAUACUCUGUAUAAGUGUAUUUCCAAGCUGAUCUGCAAUAGAUUGAAUGUGGUUCUUCCUUGGUUAAUUCACCAAAAUCAAGGAGCUUUUGUCAAGGAUAGGAUUUUAGCUCAUAAUAUCCUUAUUUUUCAAGAUAUUCUUAAAGGGUAUAAGAGGAAGAAUAUCUCUCCUAGGUGUAUGAUGAAAGUGGAUUUGAGUAAGGCCUAUGAUUCCAUAGAUUGGCAUUGUCUUGAAGAUAUUCUUGCUGCAUUCUGUAUUCCGGCUCAGUUUAUUAAUUGGAUUAAUAUUUGUUUAAAGGACUCGGAUUACUCUAUCUUGAUGAAUGGGAGAGUUCAAGGUUGUUUUACUGGUAGGAAGGGUUUGAAACAAGGGGACCCGAUGUCUCCUUUGUUGUUUGUUCUUGUGAUGGAAUACUUUACUAGACUUCUCAUCCAAGCCUCUCAGAAUAAGGAGUUUCGGUUUCAUCCUAGAUGUAAGAAGCUUGAAUUGGUGAGCCUGUGCUUUGCUGAUGAUUUGGUGCUGUUUUGCAAGGGCACGAAUAGGUCUGUUCAGAUUAUUACAGAGUGUUUCAAGUCCUUUAGCAGUGUUUCUGGUUUGACAGCUAAUGUGGAGAAAUCUAGAGUUUAUUUUGGGGGUAUGAAUGCGGCUGAAACCAAGGAAAUUCUGAAGGAUAUUCGGUUCUCUGAAGGUGAGUUUCCUCUCAAAUAUUUAGGGGUUCCUUUGAGACCUACGAAGUGGAAAGCAGGAGAUUGUGCUGCUAUUAUAAAGAAAAUCCAGCUGAAGCUACAUCAUUGGUCAAAUCGUCACUUAUCUUUUGCUGGAAAAACUCAACUUAUUCAAUCUGUUUUAAUGGGGUUAAGAGCUUUUUGGAUGAGUAUUUUCCUUCUCCCAAAGAGUGUAAUCUCUGAGAUUGAUCAUUUGUGUAGGAAAUUCCUUUGGGGUGCCAGCAAAGGUAAUGAUAACAGGAGUAAAAUUCACUUUACAAGCUGGGAUCAGGUUUGCCUUCCGAAGCAACUUGGGGGUCUUGGGUUUAAAGAAGGGGCAAAAUGGAAUAUGGUCCUCUUAGCUAAAUAUUUGUGGGUGGUUUCCUCUAAACAGGAUAUCCUGUGGGUGAAGUGGGUUGAUGCUAUCUAUCUUAAAGGGCAGAGUGUUUGGGAUUAUAAGCUUCAGUCUGAUGUCAGUUGGUACUGGCGAAAACUUAUAAACUUGAAGGCUAUUCUUAAUAGUGAGCUGCUGGGAAGAGCUGUUCAAAACAACAAACUGAAAGUCAGUAACUUGUAUAACCUGCUCCUUCACAAGGACAAAGUUCACAAGAGAGUCACGAACAUCUCUUCUUUCAGUGUAAGUUUUCUCAGCUGCUGCGGAGCAAAGUUACUGCUUGGUUUGGGAUGUGAGAUCUGGCCAGUUCAUCUUAAUGAUUGGGUCACUUGGAUGGUGGGGAAGCCGAAGUGUCUGCAGCAAAAAUUGUUAGCUGCUGGGCUUGCUGCUUCAGUUUAUCUCAUCUGGUGGAAUAGAAACAAUUGCUUUUUUAAUCUUUGUUCUGUUUCAGUUAAUGCAGUGUUUGCUUUAUUGCAAAAUUGCUUGAAAGCCAGACUUGAGAACUUACAUAGAUUUAAGUUGCAUAGAAAAGAUGUAGCUUUCUUAGAGAAAACCUCAAUAAAAGUGACUCGUGAACUUGAUGAAAAACGUCAUCAACACUUUGGUGCUUUCAUUGAGAGCAUUAAGUAUUAUUGUUCUUUCAAACCUUCCGUUGAACAAAUGAUGGAAGCACCCGCUAGCAACGUCCCGGAGCUUGGAAAUGGUCCACCAUUACCCAGAAUCCCCGAGGAGAACACUCCUCAAACGGAAAAACCUCCUCAUCAUCUUGGCAAACAGCCAAUGAAUGAGGAAAAUCCUCAUGAAGGAAGUGCAUCAGCAGCCUCGCAAGAACCAGGUCAGGGGUCUAAGCCACCUAACAAGGAUUAUUAUAAUCCUAAAAUGUAUGUGCCAAUGGUGGAGUUGGAAAAUCGGAGGUUGCGAGAAAGCCUGGAUGAAGCCACGCGACUGAAUGAAGAAAUGAUGAGGAGGGUCGCAGAAUUGCAGGCGUCCCCACAAUAG